GUUGACGGGAACGAGACACGGCACCGGCGCGGCGGCACCCCGUGGAUCGAUCGCGUCGCGCGCGCACAUCCAUCGAGAGGGACACGGCGCCGUGCCCCCGCCCCGCCCUUGAAAAAUCCAUGCCGUGUGCAUAGCGAUAGCACCCCCCUCCCCCCCUCCGAUCCGAUUCCUUCCGUGCUCAUUCAAUUCAUUCGCUCCUCCACCCCCACGCGGGCCGCACGGCGACGCGUCCCGUCCCGUCGAUCUCCACCCUGCGCCAUUGCGCGGUUCCCCACAUUCUUGCCUGCUUCCAUCUGCGGGCGAGCCGCACUCUUGAUCCAUAUCAGGGCUCAGGGCAGUCGUCAGCUGCCGAGUGGCGGCUCUCGAAGAACCUCCUUCCCUCAAGAUUAUAUCCCACGACGGCAUGAGGCUCAGGAUCGCCGGCAAGAGAGCCGCCUCCGACGCCAAGGCGGCUGCAGCGGCGGCGGCGGACGGCGGUGCCCGGCCCGCCGCGCCGGACGCCAGGGACGACGCGGAUGGCGAGGGCCCGGCGGAUCGCCGGAACGGCACGGACAACGGAAGCAAAGAUGAGUCAUUCUUCGAAGCAAGGCCCUGGUUAGAUUCUGACAGUGAAGAUGAUUUUUACAGCGUCAGAGGAGAUUUCACACCAUCACGAAGCAGCACCCCAGAUCAUCCGAGACUAGCUACAUCCUUCGGUACGCGGAUGCCGGUAGACAGAUCCAAGCCUUCUCUGGUUCCGAAGAAGCAGAGACUUCUUGAACUUCUUCAGGAGAAGCAGCAUUACGACGAUGAAGAUGAUGACAGUGUUACCGACGGCAGUAGUGACUUGGAGAAUGGCGCUGUUCAUGAUGAAGAACACAUGAAGACUUCUCGCAAAGGUGAGAAAUCGAAGAAGUCAUCAAGGUCAGGUUGCUUCCCAAGCUUAAUCUGGAAGCAUAGCUUCACAAGCUCCAGGAAGAAGAGAAAAGAGCACAAGGAUAAAGUGAACUAGCAUUAUGACGUCGAAUUAUGAUUUUGUAUAAAAGAAAUUAAGUUUCUAAUAUAUAGGCCAUGAAGGGGCAGUAGCAGUACAUGUAUAUAUUCGUUUUCAUUUCUGAAGUGCUGAAACUAGGACAGGAGGUCUCGAGUGUCAUAUUGUUCUGCCAAAAAAAGAAAAGAAAAGAGAAGAUUAGAGGAAAGAUAAUGUAGCUAAAAAUAUACAUGGCUGGUUUCUGAAAAUGCUAUUGAUCAUUCUGUCUGA